AUGGCCGGAGAAUCGCAGCAAAGAAACGGAGAUACUCCUAGACCAUACCGAAAGGGAUAUCAUCGAAGAGCGCCCCGUGCCUGUGACGAAUGUCGGCUUCGAAAGAUCAAAUGUGAUGGCGCACAACCUUGCAACCCCUGCUCAAUCUCUCGAAAUGCUUGCUCAUACGAAUCCGGAGGCAGGCCACGACAGACUCCAACGCAAAGAAUUCGGACGCUGGAAGCGUGUCUGCGAUCGGUCCGCUCAUCGAUCGAAAACCUCAAGGCUCAGAACUCAGCCAAUCAGGCCGCCGAUCUCGACUCGGUGCUCAAAACGCUUGAUCUUUCACUGCCCACGUCAUCCGACGCUGGAUCCAGCUCCGACGACGAAGGCGGGAAAGGUUCUCGAUUGAAUAGUAUGAUGGGAGGGUCCGGUCGGAGCAUCGCCCACGGUCCAUGGCACACCAGUUUCUAUGGCUCUUAUUCGGGAGUCUCUUUCAUCCUCCGUACUCUUGAGCUUUUUCGGAGGGUGCCGGACAAUCCAGCCAUGAUGUCUGAAACCCACAAUCUUCUGACUAAUUUAUUCAACGCCCCGGUUCCGAAUUCCGCAGCAAUCACCCAUAAUCAAUCUAUUUUUCAGAGUCUCCCCAGUCUGCCUACCACUUUGAGUCUCCUUGACGUGGUUUUUACCAGGUGUCAUCCCUUCAUCCAGUUCCUUCACGAGGUCGACUUCCGAGACAUGGUCCACCGUCUCUAUGGCGAAUCGGCACUUCAAUUUGGUGCUUCCAGUCAAAAUUUCAUGCCACUCUUUCACGCCGUCCUGGGUAUAGGCCUGCUAUUCGACAUUCGAUCUCGCAAACAACAUGGAUGCGAAGAGACUGCAAACGAAGCAGCAAGACAUUUCUUCCUGGCACGUAGAGAUCUUGACAUCGCUCAAUGCGCCGAUCUCAUUUCAUUGCAAACACUGCUGUGUCUCAUCACGUUUUUGGUAUCGACGUCACGCCUGACAGCUGCCCACUCCUACAUUGGCAUCGCCAGUUCUUCAGCCAUGAGACUGGGUCUGCACAAGCACAUUGAGGGAGAUGUCCCGUUGUCCACGGCACAACGAGAUACGAGGACUCGAGUGUUUCUGGCUGUCCUCCAAUUUGACACGUACGUGAGCCUCGUCCUAGAUGUACCGGCGUUCAUCAAUCUCGACUUCAUCGAACCUCCGAUCAUGAAUGAUCUCCGCCCCAUCUCUGGCGGUAACGGCAAGUCACUCUGUCCAUCCACCGCCGACGCCGCUUCGGAAACUCGUGCCAAAUUUUCCGCGUCCGCAAAGCACCUGGAGCUUCUGCUCCUGACAGCCACCGGCUUUCGAACCACUUUUGUCCGAGAAAUUCAAAAGGGCAAAAAAGGCAAAGAACACGACGUCACCACUGUCGACAUCAAGAAAUUGGCUGACGUUGAAGAUGAGUUUCGAAAGUGGGCUAAAGCCUUGUCCAGUUUGCCCGCCAUGCCUCAAAAGCCUGAGACCUCAGCAAUCCUAAGACACGAACUCGAAAUGGCCUUCUACUUCGGCCAAUUGGUUCUUUUCCAGCCGUUCUUGCACUAUCUCGUCCAAAUGGCCAAUGGCACUGCCAUCACGAGGACUCAAUCACAACAUGCAUUGGCGUGUAUGAAAGUCGCAGCCACGACCAUCACUCGAUCCGAGGCCAUGCAUCAGCGAGGCCUGCUAUGCCCUGCAUCGUGGAGUACCAUCUAUACUCUUUUCCUGGCGGUGAUGUGUCUUCUCUUUCUCAUUGCCACGCACAAUGGUACAGCUCGGCCGAGUGAGGCGUGGAGAAAGGGCGAACUUGGCAUCAGGCUUUUGGCUGCAAUGCGCUGUUUCGACAAUGGCGCCGUCAAAUGCCUUCUGAUCAUAAAGAUGCUCAUCAGACGGCUUUCCCACACCGUUCAAUUCGACGUAGACCAAAUCGUGGCGUCUACCGAAAGUCAAUGCCCUUGUGGAUCGUCGGGAUUAAUUCCAGCCGCCAAACCAGUACCAAUUGACCGAUACAUGUCGAGAGAGCGCGUAGAGAUACCGAUUUUAGGCAACGGAUACAUGACACCCACACCCGGCACGCCUCUAGACACGCGUUCUUUGCCUCCAAUUUGGAGUCCAGCUGGACUGGAACCUCCUCGUCUCCAUUCCUGGUAUGCCGCGGGAGGUCAAGAUUCGCUCUUGCACGAUGCCGAUUCCGUGCUGGCUGAGGCACAGGCGCUAUCAUUGACGUUACCUAUCGACAAUCUCGACUUAUUUGGCAGUGUAUGA